AUGAAGCUGUCAUCCCAGCUCGCCGCCCUCACGCUGGCCGCGGCCUCCGUGUCAGGCCACUACAUCUUCGAGCAGAUUGCCCAUGGCGGCACCAAGUUCCCACCUUACGAGUACAUCCGAAGAAACACGAACUAUAACAGCCCUGUCACCAGUCUCUCGUCGAACGACCUGCGAUGCAACGUAGGCGGCGAGACGGCUGGCAACACGACCGUCCUCGACGUGAAGGCGGGCGACUCCUUCACCUUCUACUCGGACGUGGCCGUGUACCACCAGGGGCCCAUCUCACUCUACAUGUCCAAGGCUCCCGGCUCCGUCGUGGACUACGACGGCUCCGGCGACUGGUUCAAGAUCCACGACUGGGGCCCGACCUUCAGCAACGGCCAGGCCUCGUGGCCGCUGCGGGACAACUACCAGUACAACAUCCCGACGUGCAUCCCGAACGGCGAGUACCUGCUGCGCAUCCAGUCGCUGGCGAUCCACAACCCGGGCGCCACGCCGCAGUUCUACAUCAGCUGCGCGCAGGUCCGGGUCUCGGGCGGCGGCAGCGCCUCCCCCUCCCCAACGGCCAAGAUCCCCGGCGCGUUCAAGGCGACCGAUCCCGGGUAUACCGCGAAUAUUUACAAUAACUUCCACUCGUAUACGGUGCCGGGUCCGGCGGUCUUUCAGUGCUAG